AUGAACAUGAAGGCCGCCGUGGUGCUCGCCCUGGGGGUCUCGGCAGCUCCCUUGGCGACUGCGCAUACCCUUCUCUCGAAGCUCUACAUUGACGAGGUCUCUCAGGGUGAUGGAACUUGUCUUCGGAUGCCCGAGGACGGUAGCAAGACCACUUCUCCAGUUGACGGCCUCGAGAGUGAUGAUAUGGCUUGCGGCGCAAACGGUGAUACACCGGCAGCAUUCGUCUGUCCCGCUCCCGCUGGCGCGACACUGACCUUUGAGUUCCGCACCUGGCCCGACGCAAGUAACCCUGGAGCCAUCGAUCCGUCCCAUGUUGGGCCCUGUUCCAUCUACGUCAAGAAGGUGGAUGACCCCCUGAACGAUCCAGCUUCAGGAGCCGGCUGGGUAAAGCUAUGGCACGAGGGCUACAAUGAGGAUACUGGCAAAUGGUGCGUCGACAAUCUCAUUGCCAACAAGGGCCUCCUCUCCUUCGAGCUCCCCUCUGGCCUCGCCAAGGGCAACUAUCUCGUUCGCUCUGAGAUUCUUGCCCUGCACCAAGCGCACAGCAAGGGGGACCCUCAAUACUAUGUCAGCUGCGCCCAAGUACAUGUAGAGGAAGGACCUCGAACCUUCGAUGUGCCGGACAAGUACAAAGUCAGCAUCCCUGGCCAUGUCGACGGCUCGGAAAAGGGCAACACAUUCGACGUCUGGGAGCCAAAGUGGCCGUACCUUAUCCCUGGGCCGGAGCCGUACUCUCCCCAAGCUGACUCCUCCUCUUCAUCCACUGUCUCCACAUUCAAGGAAUCGGCGUUUGAAGGCGCCAUCCCUGGCGAUUGCAAGCUCAAGAACGCCAACUGGUGUGGAAAGGCGCUAAAGCCCUACGACACGGAUCUCGGAUGCUGGGCGGCCGUCGAGGCCUGCUUCGCACAGGGCGACAAGUGCUUCAACCCAACGCCACCGACAGGCGUCAAGAACUGCGACUUGUGGAACGAGAAGCUGUGCAAAGUCAUUCAGUCGAGGUGCGAGGACGGAGACUUUGAAGGUCCGCCGGAGGUAGAGCUCGAGGAGGUGACGAACCCGGCACCUGGCUACAUCCCCAAGGCCGUGAAUUCUGGUGCUGCAGACGGUUCGUAUGAACCACGUGGUACUGAUUUGGACGGCGAGAUCUCGAAGGGAGCCGUCAAGGACGAAAGGGUGAUUGGCCAUGCCACGAGCGCCGCUGGAGCCGCGUCGACUCCGAAGCCCAAACUGUGGAGAAAGCGAGCCCGUCGCUGA